GACUCAGGAGCCUUUGUGUUGAACACAAAGGGAUAAUACAGCACACAGGAAUUUAGAUUGCAAUUGAGAGAAGUGUAUAAAAACAUGGGUUAUGAAAAUAGCCUUGCUGUUCCUAGGGUGCCCAUUAGAGGCCGUAAGAUACUCGCUUCAGGUUGAAAAUAGGAAAGAAAAGGAUUUACAACUCAAGUGAAAAAAAAUCCGUGACGCCGAAGCGAAACCCCACCUUAUUCCUGUCGCUGAUUUAACCCAAUGCGACCACGGUACACUUCCUUUUCCUAUGCACUGCUCUGACCCGGCGCCAGGCGAGAGGUUCUUCUUCUCUCACACAGGCAAAAGUUUUAAAGUUUUUGUUUUAAAGAAAGUAAAAAAAAAAAACGGAAGCAGAGGUUAGAAACGGUAAUCCGGACUUGUGGAGGCACGCUGCGAUGUAGCGGUCAUUGGGAAGAGUCCGGCCCCCAGAGCGAAGGGCAGUGCGCUCCUCCACAGACCUGGGCGCUUCUGAAGGAGAUGCUGCGGGAAGUGUCCCGGUCAUGAAGGCCAGCGGGACCGACGCACCGUAACGUCCCGUGUGUGUGUGUGUGGCCGCGCUGUGAACAUAAGCUGCACCGCUCCGCAAGGUUCCAGCAUGCAAGAGGAAAGACACCUGUCCCGCACCCCCACUCCCAACGGGAGGCCCUGCCGUUCCUCGUCUGGUUACGUUGCCGGCAGAGUGAUGCCCGCCUGCCCCCCUCCGUCCCCCGGAGUGACCAGCCACUCCGUGCAGUGGUCUUCCUCCAAGGCGGGGAACCAAGCCACCUUCAUCGCCAGAGGGAACGAGCAGUGGCGGGAGACCGAGGCAGCGAGGAAGAGGAGGAGGAAAGUGAAGAACAGUCUUGUGUGCGCCGGCAUCUGUCUGGGACUAUUUUUUAUCGUGUUGGCCGUCGUGUUUGGCACCAAUCCCGGUUCCGAGCGAGAUGAGAACUGUCCCGAUCACCAGCUGGGAUUUACAAAUUGGGAUCCAGGACAUAACGAACUGAAGAGAGUUGUCAUCGGAAAGGGCGAUUGGUUCAGACUGGUUUCAUCAGCCACUCUUCAUUCCAUUAUCAUUCAGCAAGGAGGAGUGUUAGUCUUUGCCGACAGCGCCGAUGGUUCCAAAAACAUCUCCCUGAAGUGCAGCUACAUCUUGGUGAGGGAUGGAGGGGAGCUUCACAUCGGAGCCGAGAAGUGCCGCUAUAAAUCUCGAGCCACCAUCACGUUACGCGGCCGAUCCAACGAGGGCGAAUGGUCGCCGAGCUUCGGCAGGAAGUUCCUCGGGGUAGACUCAGGGGGCACGUUGGAACUCCAUGGGGCCCUCAAAACAUCCUGGACGCUUCUGGCCAAGACCUUGCCACCCUCUGGUCUGGAGUUUGGGUCGUACAUUGAGAGGCCGGUCACCCGGGGCUUGAACGUACGUGUAGUUGACCAGGACACUGGGCAGGUGCUGCUGGCAGACCGGUUCGACACACACGACUUUGCCAACGAAAGCAAAAGGCUCCAAAAGCUGCUGCAGUCUCAAGACGUUGGCCGAAUAAUUGCCAUUGCUGUGAGGGACUCUGCUGCCAAGAAUCUCCUUCAACUGACAAAGGACACCAUUCAGGAGUUGCUCGGUAGUGGACUCGUUCAGGACUUGAGUUACAGGCAAGCGUGGGCUCUUGUGGGUGUGAUUGGCGCUGGUAACAUGUCUUGUGAUGAAUCCGUGCGAGACUAUGAGAACCACGAUACAGGAGGCAAAGCCAAAGCCCGCAAGGAGUUUGUCACGGUGGAUGGAGUGAGGUUUGCAGUAUCUGCCUCGAGUCAGUGGAAGAAAGGGAUUCCGCAGGCUGAGUUCCAGGUUAACGUGUCUGAGGGCUUUGUGUUGGAUCUGCUGGAUGAGGUGCAAGGCUGGGAGAUGGGUGAUCGGCUGGUCGUGGCCAGUACUGACUACUCCAUGCACCAGGCCGAGGAGUUUACUGUUCUUCGUUGCCCGGAGUGCACAUCUCGGCAGACCAUGGUCACGGGAAAGGCUCAAUUCCUACAUGUGGGGGAAAUCAUGGAUGGGAUAGACAUGAGGGCGGAGGUGGGAAUGCUGACAAGGAACAUCGUCAUUGAGGGGGAGAUGGAGGAUUCCUGCUAUGGGGACAACUGGUGUCAGUUCUUUAAGCAUGAUACAUUUGGAGGCCAUUUGAAGAUUUUGAAGAACUUCACGUCUGUCCAUCUCUCCAAUGUGGAGCUGGUACAUAUGGGUCAACAGGUGAUGGGCAGUUACCCUGUGCACUUUCACCUCUGUGGGGACGUGGAUAAACUUGGUGGCUACUCAUCGCCGACCUACGUGGACAGCAUUGCAAUCCACCAUUGCUUCUCCCGAUGUGUGACAGUUCAUGCAACCAAUGGCUUGUUGGUUAGAGACACUGUUGGCUAUGACACGCUCGGGCAUUGUUUUUUCUUGGAGGAUGGGAUUGAAGAGAGGAACGUUCUUUUCCACAACCUGGGGCUUGUCACCAAACCCGGCACCCUCCUGCCCACAGACAGGAACGACGCCAUGUGCUCCUCGAUUCUCAAUAAUGUUUACGGCAACUACAUCCCUGUCCCAGCGACUGACUGCAAGGCUGUCUCCACUUUCUGGGUGGCCAAUCCCAACAAUCAUCUCAUUAACAAUGCUGCUGCAGGAUCUCAGGAUACUGGGAUAUGGUACCUGUUCCAUAAAGGUCCUACAGGAGAAUCCCAUGGAUUGCUCAUUGAAACCAAAGCUGAACUCACACCAUUGGGCACAUUCUACAACAACAGGGUCCAUUCCAACUUCAAGGCUGGACUGUUCAUUGACAAGGGAGUGAAAGUUUCCAAUGCCAGUGCUGAUGACCCGAGGGAAUAUCUCUGUUUAGACAACAGUGCCAGGUUCCGGCCUCACCAGGAUGCUGAUCCACAGAAGCCACGGAUUGCUGCCCUCAUCGACCGGUUGAUAGCUUUCAAAAACAAUGACCACGGAGCCUGGGUGCGAGGAGGAGACAUUGUAUUCCAGAACUCUGGGUUUUCUGACAAUGGAAUUGGCUUGUCCUUCGCCAGUGAUGGAAGUUUCCCAAAGGAUGAAGGUUCAAGUCAAGUCGUCUCGGAAUCCUUGUUCGUUGGUGAAAGUGGGAAUUAUGGAUCUCAAGGAGGCCAAAACAAAUACUGGGGGGUUGGUGGAGUGGAAGGAAAAAAUCGCACGUUGCCCAGGGACAAGACCUUUCCAAUACGAGGCUUUCAGAUUUAUGAUGGACCCAUUCACGUUACCAAGACAACCUUCCAAAACUACAUGGCAACACCGGUUAGGUUCACCAGUGCCAUAGGAUUCUUUCUGAAGAACCCUUGGCAACUGACUCCCAAGAACAGCUUCUCUUUGUUGAAAUUUGACACAAAGGUGGCUCUGCGAGUGUUUUUUGGCAAGCCAGGCCCGUGGUUUGAGGGCUAUGACUUUGACGGCGACAAGAACGAGAUCUUCCACGAUGUCGAUGGCUCAGUGACUGGUUACAAGGACACGUACGUGAGCCGGAUGGACAACUUCCUGGUCCAGCAUCCGGGCUGCAAGAACGUCACAUCCUGGUUUGGCUCCGUCUGCAGUGGGAAAUAUGCUCAGGUUUAUAUCCAGACUCGUCGACCCCAGAACCUAACCAUGACCAUUGUAAGAGACGAAUAUCCCAAACACCCCAUGACGCUUCGCGGCAUCAACCAGCGUGCGGACUUUCAGCAAUAUCAGCCCGUGGUGAUGCUCGAGAAAGGCUACACAAUCCAUUGGAAUGGCCGUGCGCCAGAGGAAACCUUCCUCUAUCUGAUAAACUUUAACAAAGGAGACUGGAUUCAAGUAGGUCUCUGCUACCCAAAAGGAUCUGACUUCCAGAUUAUGGCUGACAUCUACCAAAGGCAAAACUCAACCGCUCACAGUGUGGAGGAUUUCCAGAAGGUUGCUUCUCUUGAAGAACUGCAGAACAAACCAGGGCAGAGAAAAUACUACUUUGACAAUGGUGCUGGGUUGCUGUUUCUAAUGCUCCAGGCCCGGCAAGAUCGGGAGGGCCACAGCUACUGCUCUACUCAGGGCUGCGAGCGGGUCAAGGUGGCCGCUGUGAUGACAACUCAGGGAGUGAGCAACUGCAUGCCCGCUGCUGACCCCACCUACUCCGUGACUCCCAAAGCCACUGUCGCAAUGCCGCCACCAAGCUCGGGGAAAUGUGAAGGCUGUGGAGCAUCUCGGCUGGCAUUUACAAGCGACCCCUACCAAACCUACCUCCGUGUGCAGAUCCAAUCACUUGGGAAAACUGGGACUCAGCAAGGCCAGGAAACGUCCUUCAUUUCUGUGAACGGCACCAAGUUCUCAUUUGGGGAUAAAUUUUACAUGGUCACGGUCGAUGCCUGCAGUGGAAUGGUUACUCAAAAUGUAUCCUUCGCCAAAGCUGAUGCAGUCAUGGCCAAUUAUCUGGAGAAUGGGAUCUCAGCAAGGUCAAUUGUUUUAUUAGGUUCAAAAGACACCAUCGGUGGGGAUGUUGAUGCUAUUUCCAAAAAACUGGUCGCACUGGGCACUGCCAAACCUGCACAACUUCAUAAAAGAGAGAGCAUUGCCUUCUUUGGAUACAGAGGGAACUCUCGACCGCUGUGGACUCGCCUCUACAGCAGCCCUGCUGGGCAGGGUCUGCCACUUCUCGAAAAGUACAUUCCUUUACAACUGGAAGACUAUGGCUGCACUAUGGUUAACUCCGUCCAAAGAAAAGAACUAGAACUUUUACACAAAGCUUUACAGUGAAUAUCAGUCUGAAUAAAUGUGACCUAAUUUAUUUUA